AUGAAUUACGUGUUUAGAAACACAACGGCUUUUUCACGUGCUGUUGAUUGGUUGUGCUGUGGCACAAGACAGCAACAAUCCGACGAGUUAGUGGGUCAACAACGAAGAAAUAUCGGUACAAGCAGUAACAGUGUUAAUGAUCGUCGUGGUAGCACUGGUGAAAGCAGUGGCGGCGGAUGUUUAACGAGUAGAUGUUUUAAAAGGAAUGCUUCUGCUGCUACGAGUAAUACUUCUGCUACAAAUCGGCACAUAUCAUCAUGUGGAACACAGUUCACAAAUGUAGGAGGAGGAGGCAUUGGGAGUGGAGGUCCAUAUACAGUGGUCACAUAUCAACAAAAUCGUCGGAAAAUUUCACCAAUAAGUAGUAAUGCACCAGGAAUUUCGCAUAAAGUGAUAACGACAAUUAAUGAUGAUAGCGUUAUAUAUCAUGGUGUAGCUGAUAAAACAAAUAUAAACAACGAUAAGAAAAAAUUUCAUUUAGCAUCAUUUGAUAGCUUAUCCGAUCUCGAUAUCGAAUCACGAAAGCAGUCAGCAGCACUCGAUGAAUAUAACAAUAACAAUAAUCAUACGUUAUUUCAUCAAUUACUUGAAUUUCGCAAAAAUAUUCCAUCAAAAUCGACAAGAAAAGGAGAAGUAGGAGAAGAACAACGAAGGGGAAAGGAAGAGAAAAAAACUGAAUCCAUUGCUUCGAAUAAUAUUUCUAUGAAUUAUAAGAAAGAGGAGAGGAAUGAAAAAAAAACUUUACCUUCAUUCACUUCAUUCCUUUCGAUGAAUAAUGAAAGGAUACGGACAGGAAAAGGAAAAGGAGAAGGGAAACGAAGGGAACAAGCCAUUCAAACUUGUUUAUUACAAAGUGCCGUUUUAUUAGUGACUUUAAAUAAUUCAGUUUAA